AAAUUCAAUAAUUUUUUCCUCAUAAAAAAGUACAGGUAAACACUUUCAAAAUUAAACAUUUUAAAACUGUGGCCAGAAUACAAACAUUAACCACACUUCACUAAGCUUCAGCUCUCAAAUUAUCUUCAAAUGCAGCUCAGAAAAUCUGCUGAAAAAGCUCAAAACAGCCCAGAAAAGGAACAAAAGGAGAAUUUAGGAUCAGCUCAAGUCUUCAACAGGAGAGCAGAAGUGGGGCUGGGCAGCAGAGGACGUGUCCCGCUCUGAGCCUGAAGCCAAGAGGCCAAAGUUCACAAUAUCCAAAGAAAAGAACAUGAAUCAGAUCCGCUGUGACACAGACUUACUUCAACAUCCAGCAGCUUUGUCUCGGUGGGACUCGUCUACCUGAAGCUCUCGUCCUGAGGACGGCUGCCUGCGGACUGUCUAACCAUGACGACAGAGACACCUAUCGGUGCCCGACAUCGAAACAUCAAGAACUGUCAGACUGAAGGCGCCUCCAGUGAUGUGCGGAGUUGUGAGCAGGAGGAAGAUCUGAGAGAGUGGCAAAAUUAUGUGCAGAAACUAAAGGUGAAGGUUUUGGAGCAGGUCCAGGAUCAGUUCGGGGAAAUUCUGGACAAAGCUCUGACUGAAUCCAUUGAGCCUCCCUCUCGUAUCAAGUUCUUAUUAAAUGGAAAAACAGCCCAGAAACAGCCGUCCAGAGCUCAGAGGAUGGAUGAUGGCAAAGUCUUCAAGGAACGGGCGUCGCUGCUGGAUGAGCUGUUUGAGAUCAGUCACAUCAGGACCAUCUACCACAUGUUCAUAGCUGUUCUCCUCAUCUUCUGUUUGAGCACCCUGGCUGUUGACUACAUUGAUCAGGGCAGGUUGGUCUUGGAGUUUGACUUGCUGUCCUAUGCUUUUGGGAAACUGGGGACCGUCACCUGGGCCUGGGCUUUUAUGUUUGGUUACACCCUGUUUGUUCCCUACUACAUCCUGGACUUCUGGGGUUCUUUAUACCACAAGUUGCCCUCCAAGUUAGGGUUGUCUCUGGGUUUGGGGUUGGUCCUGUCGGUCAUACAGACCUGUGUUCUGGGACUGUUCCCAAUCUACACCGUUGUGCACCACCAGCUGCCACCAGCAUCACGCUUCAUUGUGAUUCUGGAGCAGAUUCGAUUCCAGAUGAAAACCUACUCGUUCGUAAGAGAAACAGUUCCUGUUGUUAUAAAGAAUAUGCCAAAGGAAGGUGAAAACCGCAGGUUUCCAACAUUCUCCAGCUAUUUGUAUUUCCUUUUCUGUCCAACACUUAUCUACAAGGAGUCAUAUCCUCGAAAUAGCCACAUACGAUGGAAAUAUGUCGGCGCUACUCUUGUAAAGAUUAUGGGAUGCCUGUUUUAUGCCCACUUCAUCCUGGUACGUCUCUGUAUUCCCGUCUUCAGACCCGAGACCAACCAACCCUUUAGUAAAAGAACAAUGGUUCUGGCUGUCUUCAACUCCAUAUUACCAGCUGUCCAACAGGAGAUUCAGAGGAGCAGCCAUGCUUUCUGUAUUUAUUGUCUCUGCUGUUGUCCAUGAAUAUGCUUUGACCUUGGGCUUCGGCUUCUUCUAUCCCAUCAUGUUCCUCCUCUUUGCAGUCUUUGGAGUGGCGUUCAACUUUACCAUGAACGACAAGCGGCAGAGCCCGGUGUUCAACAUCGUCAUGUGGGCGUGCCUCUUCCUCGGUCAGGGCGUCCAGGUGUGUCUGUACUGUCAGGAGUGGUACGCCCAGAUCCACUGCCCGCGGACAGGGCAGGAAGGUUUCUGGGAGCUGGUGUUGCCUCGGUCCUGGUCCUGCGGCUAUCAGACAUGAGGCCGUCUGUCCCUGGAGCAGCUGGCCAUGAUGAACUGAAUUAAAAGGACCCCAAGGAAGAACAUAACUUAAAAGACUUGUAAAAGGACAGCAGGGUUCUUUUCUCUUUACUGUGUAAACUGUUUUUGUUUCAUCUUUUAGUGAGCUAAUUGUUAAGCUUGGAAAGGUGAUUUUUUUUUAAGUCGUGACUGCAUUUUUUUCUGUUUUCAUUCUUUAGGCAGUGUUAGAUUUACAGAAUAGUUUAUACAAUGGUAGGACUGAUUCAGUGUUUACAUUUUUAAAUAUUUGACAAAAAAUACAUGUUUGCAUAUUGAGUUUAGAUUUGUGAAAUAAUCUAUUCUUGUUGAUUUUAUUUGUAAAUGUAGACUAACUUAAGAAAAAUAGCGCAUUUAGUCUUUUUAGCUACGGAUGUGCUUUCAGUCAGAUUUUUACCCCUUAUAGCUUUUACUUAGUAUUUUGCUUUUUAUUUUAUAGCUAGCGUUUUUCCUCUUAAUGUUCAACGGACUUCUUGCUGUUUAGCCUUUAACUUGUAUCUUUCAGCUACUACAGCUCAGUUUCAGCUUUUUCAGCUUAUUUCUUCAGUUAUCCAACACUCAGCAUUCACACUGAAAUGGUGCAGAAAAUGUAUUUUUUUUCCUUUUUUUACACAAUUCGCUGAAUAAACCAAUUGUUGUCAGGUUUAA